AGCGAGACCAGCAUGAGUGUAAACCAGACUGGGCGCGAUGGCAUCGCCAGAGUGGACGGCGGCGACGCCGGCAGCCGGACGGAGAACGGCGCCGGUUGCCCCAGACCCGCACACUGCGCCCAGCCGGCCAGCGGCGGCCGGACCAGGGACGCCCGGUACCAGCAGCAGCAGCAGCAGCAGCAGCAGAGGAGAGACCACGGAGGGUCCCUGCUCAAGCAGCCUUCACACUCCGAGCCGGCCGACGCCGUGAGACGGGCGCUGGACUUCAAGACCCAGGGCACCCAGUGCUACAAGGACAAGAAGUACAGGGAGGCCAUCGGCAAGUACCACCGCGCGCUGCUGGAGAUGAAGGGCUUGUGCAGGGUGCUGGGGGACCCGGACACCAGCUCCAAGUCCCCCUCCGCCCUCUUGCCGACCAUCAGCAAGUCCGCGUCGCUGACUGAGGAGCAGAAGGGCGCGAUGGAGAACGCGGAGCUGGAGUGUUACAACAGCUUGGCGGCCUGCCUGCUGCAAAUGGAGCUGGUGAACUACGAGCGUGUGAAGGAGUACUGUCUGAAAGUGCUGCGCAAAGAGGGGGAGAACUUCAAGGCCCUUUACCGCUCGGGCGUAGCGUACUACCACCUGGGGGACUUCCAGAAGGCCCUCUACUACCUGAAGGAGUCUCACAAACAGGAGCCUUCAGACACCAAUGUGAUCCGCUACAUCCAGCUGACCGAGAUGAAGAUUCGCCGCAAUGCCCAGAAGGAGAAGAAAGAGGCAACUUAAAGGCUUUCCCGCUCCACGACUUCGCAACCUUCAUAAAUCUCACCCCUGCUGUUUGUUUUCCACUCAGA